CUGCCGGCGGAAGGGAAGCAGCGCCCGCGCGCCUGAGGAGCGUGGAAGCGCGGCCGGGGCCCGUGUCGGAACGGCGCCGCCGCUUAUGGAGUGCGCUCGUUUGUGGAGCCGGCGGCUGCGGCCCGUCGCGCUGCGCGUGUUCGCCUCGGAGAUCUGCUGCUGCAGCAGUCGCCGCUUGUUGCAAGGAGGGCGCGCAGCCAGCUGCCUGCCGGAUGUCGCGGCGUGGGCUGCCGGGAAAUUCCGGCUGGAGCCGGAGGGCAGGCGGACCUUGCUGCGCGCAAGUAAGUCACGCGCUGCCCCAGGCAGGUUCUCCGUCCUGCCCGGGGAUGCCGGGGCUUUGCAGCUCGAACUUGCUCGUGGUCCCGCAGGAGGAAGUUCCGAUGAUCUGUCUCGACACUUUACUACAGAUGUGUCUCAAGCCACUUUAGCGAGUGUGGCUCCAGUGUUUUCAGUGAUGAAAUUCGAUAAAGAAGGUGGUAUAAGCUUUUACGAAAGAAAGAAAACAGAACUAUACCAGGAACUAAGCCUCCAAGCGCGAGAUCUACGGUUUCAGCAUCAAGUCAGCAUAUCCCCCAGGAACAACAGGAUUAUCAUGAGAAUGGAAUUUUUGAAGGCAGUGAUUACACCGGAGUAUCUCCUAAUCCUAGACUAUCGCAAUUUGAACUUGGAAAAAUGGCUCUUCCAGGAACUGGCACCGCAGCUAGCCGGCGAAGGUCAACUUGUUACAUAUGCUUUGCCCUUUGAAUUCAGAGCUAUCGAAGCAAUACUACAGUACUGGAUCGGCUACCUGCAGGGGAGACUUAACAACCUGCAGCCUCAGAUUCUUGAGACCCUGGAUGCUUUAGUGGACCCUAAGCUUUUAUCUGUUGAUAGGAGCAAAGUCCAUGUCCUAUUGCAAAAUGGAAAGAGCUUGUCAGAGUUAGAAACAGAUCUUAAAGUUUUCAAAGAGGCACUCCUGGAAAUCUUAGACGAGGAAGAAGUGCUGGAAGAACUGUGCCUGUCUAAAUGGACAAACCCCCAAGUGUUUGAAGAGAGUCUGUCUGGAAUUGACCAUGCGGAAGAGAUGGAGCUGCUAUUAGAGAAUUAUUACAGGCAGGCAGAAGAUCUUCUCAACGAUGCUCGUGAGCUUCGGGUGUUGAUUGAUGAUUCUGAAAGCAUCAUCUUUAUCAACUUAGACAGCCACCGCAAUGUGAUGAUGAGGCUGAAUUUACAGCUGACCAUGGGUACUUUCUCCCUCUCGCUCUUUGGAUUGCUAGGAGUAGCUUUUGGCAUGAACUUGGAAUCCUCAUUUGAAGAGGACCGCAGAAUGUUUUGGCUGGUGACAGGAAUUAUGUUUCUGGGCAGCGGCCUAAUUUGGCGGCGUCUGCUUUCAUUUCUUGGGCGACAGCUGGAACCUUCAAUGCCUCCUCCUAUCCCUGCUUUGCUGAAAAGAACUCAGCCAGCAAAUGGGAAGAUGGAAUAUAAAAGCGAUAUUAAAACAGAACCCCUUGGGUCAAGUAGAAGCACAUUGACUAACCAUUGACCAGACCUCUGAACUGGUUGAUCUGCAAUAACUGAACUUUAGACUGUGUUCUCUUGUAAUAACGUAGCAGGGAUUUAUCCUUUGACUCUUAAUGACAUGCCAAAGAUGUGCCGCUGGGACCACCCAAACCUGAAGCUUUGCCGAGAGAAGAGUCCAGUAGACUUUUGUGCACCACGGUAGGAAAUCAAAAUUCCACAUGUCACCUGGAUGAGCUGAAGUUGCUUUUCAUCUGAUGGGGAAAUUCCAUUUGGUGUAAUCUUUACGGAACACAAGAAAAUGGGUAACAAUAAUUUCCUCCCUCCAAAGAAUGCAAAAUCCUACCCAGAAAUAUUACCGUUUGUUCUGUAAACGGUGGUUUUCACACUUUAUCACAUCAUGGGUAAAGUUUAUAGAUUAGGGAAAAUCCAUACUGUCCUUAAACAGUGUGCUUCCUGUAUGUAGAAAGUUGCGUUCUCAUUAGACGAGUUCAUGUGAGAGAGGACUAUCAGUGGCUCUUAGCCAUGAUGGCUAUGCUUGCUCUUCCUCCGCAGUUAAGAGGCAGCAAUGCUUCCGAAUACCAGUUGCUGGAAACCACAGGAGGGGAGAGGAGUUCUUGUGCUCACGUUCUGCUUGCUGGUUUCCCAUAGGCAUCUGGUUGGCUACUGUGAGAACAGGAUGCUGGACUAGAUGGGCCAUUAGCCUGACCUAGCAGGCUUUUCUGAUAUUCUUAAAGA